ACCUAGGUUUUGAGGGGAGGGCGAGGCGCGUGGAGCGUGCGCCUUGGUGCGGCAGUUCGAGAUGCGUGGCGGCCUUGGACGGAGGAGAGUUAGAAAGCAAUGUAGGAGGGUGGCAUGUUUUGGAUGUGGGGGAUUUUUUUGUGGAGUAAUGGAGGGAGCGAUGGAGCUUUCCUCGGGCCGAAAGUCGUCCUGGUCUGCCUCGCACCGCUGAAUGCUACGUCCUGCUUGUUUAUGCGGAGUUUCUACCGUAAGCCCUCUUUUUCUAAUCUCCCGGUGAUUGUCCUUGUUUUAGCCAUGAGUCGUUCCAGCAGAACAAUAUACGUUGGCAACCUUCCCGGUGAUGUGCGAGAGAGUGAAAUCGACGAUUUGUUUUACAAGUAUGGGCGUAUCUUAGAUAUCGAUUUGAAGCUGCCCCCCAGGCCUCCUGGUUAUGCUUUUAUAGAGUUUGACGAUCCUCGGGAUGCUGAAGACGCCAUCAAAGCUAGAGAUGGCUAUGUUUUUGACGGCCACCGUUUGCGGGUAGAAUUUGCUCAUAGUGGUGGUCGUGGUCAUCCCUCUUAUGGCGGUGAUCGGCAUAGCAAUAGCUACCGUGGUGGUGGUGGUGGAGGGGGAGGCGGCGGUGGAGGCGGCCGCGGGGUUUCUAGGCGCUCAGAGUACAGAGUUGUAGUGACGGGUUUACCAUCGUCGGCCUCCUGGCAGGAUCUGAAAGAUCAUAUGCGUACAGCUGGAGAUGUUUGUUUCGCUCAAGUUUUCCGGGAGUCGAAUGGUAAUGAAUGCUCUUAUUCUAAGCUUUUUGUUCUGACUUCCCUGACGACAGGAACCAGAGGCAUUGUCGACUUUACAAACUAUGAUGACAUGAAAAAUGCGAUACGAAAACUCGACGACACUGAGUUUCGCAAUCCUUUUUCGCAUUCAUACAUUCGGGUGAGGGAGGAUAAAUCGGGAGCAAAGCGGAGCACAAGCCGCAGCCGCAGCCGCAGCUGGAGUCGCGGCAGCCGUAGCCGCAGUCGGAGCCGCAGCCGCAGCAGGAGUGCUAAAAGCCGGUCGAGGUCAAAGAGUAGAUCUCGCUCCCCAGCGCGUCGAUCCCGCUCGCCAGUGCGUCGCUCUCGCUCGCGCUCGGCAUCACGCUCUCCUGCGCGGAAUGAGCUUUCAAGAUCAAAGUCGCCAGUUGUGAAGCGUAAAUCAACGUCUCGCUCCCGCUCUCGCUCGCGGUCACGAUCGCCUACACCCCGGGCACAAGACACGGCUGCAAACAACAAAUCCGGCAGCCCAAACGGUCGCGGUAGUCCCAGUCCCAGCAGGAGCCCCAGCCCCAAGCCCGAGAACAACAACAUCGCCACCGAGGAGAACGACACAGUCAUGAACGAUAAGUCGCCUGGUGCUCGGAGCCCAUCACCCGUUUCGGAGGGUGCUUAAAUCUAAUCUCAAGAGCAAGGAACAAGCAAGCAAGCAAGCAAGAAGAAAAACAAUUUUUCUAACUGUUGUAGAAUACAUAUGCUUUUUUUUAUUUUAUUUUUAUCAAUCUGGAUUCGAUGUUUGUGUGC